GGAAUGGAUAGAUCUGCAGCAACCCCUCCCAGAACCUCUGACUUUGCUUCCCAUCGCUUCGUUUCCAAGAGGAGAAUGUUUCUCUCCCUUGCCCAGUCGCCUGCCUGCGCCGUCGUCUCCUUCCCAUGGAGGUCCUCGUCCCAACUCAUCCCACGGGUCCCCUCCCGCUGCACCCUCGCAUGCCACGCAGCGGUGCCCAAAGUGCCCCUCCCCAUCGCCUCGCCGGCCUCCCUCGGGGACGACCCUAGCAAGUGGGACCCCGCCGAGUGCGACGCUCUCCUCCGCGGCGGGGAGCAGGUCGCCUCCGUGCUGCAGGAGAUGGUCACGCUGAUGGAGGACAUGGAGAUGGAUGGUGCAUUUGAGCAGGUUGCUGUGGAGCUGGUGGCACAAGGAGUUAUUGGGAAGAGGGUGGAUGAGAUGGAGUCAGGUUUUCUUAUGGCACUUGAUUACAUGAUACAACUUGCACAGAAGGACACAGAUGAUGAGCGUAAGUCUAUUCUUGAGGUAAUUAAGCAGACAGUGCUAGACCAUCUGACGAAGAAAUGUCCUCCACAUGUCCAGGUUGUUGGGCUACUUUGCCAGACUGAAAAGAAAGAGAGCAGACAUGAAUUGUUGCGCCGCGUAGCUGCUGGUGGAGGUGUUUUUAAGAACGAUAAAGGUCUUAAGUGCCAAAUUCCUGGGGCAAAUCUUAAUGACAUUGCAAAUCAGGCAGAUGAUCUAGUAGAGUCAAUGGAAUCUAGGGACACCAUUCCUGAUCGAAAACUUCUUGCAAGAUUAGUUAUAGUAAGAGAAGAAGCUCGGAAUAUGAUGGGAGGUGGCCUGUUAGAUGAGAGAAAUGAUCGUGGUUUGACUACCCUCCCUGAGGCAGAGGUAAACUUUUUGAGCAAGCUCGUUGCUCUUAAACCUGGGAAGGCAUUGGAAAGGAUGAUAAAGAAUGUUAUGAAUGGCAGAGGGGAAGGUGCUGAUAACGUUGAACAACCAAGUGCUGAUUCACAUUCUGAACAGGAGAGUCUAACAGGAGUAUUAGGAAGGGGAAGUGUAUCUGGCCACAAGCCACGGCCAGUCCGCCCUGGAAUGUUCCUUGAGACUGUUUCCAAGGUCCUGGGUGGCGUAUAUGCAAGUAACACAUCUGGUAUUACAGCUCAACAUCUGGAAUGGGUACAUCAGACAACACUCAAAAUUCUUCAGGAAAUGGCCUUCUAGCAUUGUUAUCAGGGUUCACUGAUAUAGUUUGUAACAUAAGAAGUAUAAUGCUGCACAUCCGUAGCUAUUGAAGAGCCUUUUUAAGUGGUCACAUAUCUUUUUGUUGAGAAGUGGAGUGGAAGAAACGAUAAUGGGUUAUCUAAAGCCAUAGAUCACUCAGGGGAAGAAUGUUGCCACGUUGUGCAGUCCAGAAGUAACUUACAGGCUUGGAAUUGAUAUGACCAUGUGGUUGCCCUUGCCAAUUGACUAAUUUUAAGUACUAGACUCAGUAACAUAUUUGAGGCGUAAUAUCAUUAUUAUUGACAUUAGUCUUGUUCCUUGGCAAUCUGUCUUAUCUUUUCGCACAUUUUUCUGGACUUGUGAUUCUUUAUUCGUCAUGGGUGAUAUAUGGUUAGAAGAAGCUACAAUUAACAGUGGUAUAUUGGAAUACGAUAUAAUGUGGCUACAUGAAUAUAACCUCAGGUCUUUUCUCCAGUCGGCAACAGGCAAAUAAUGGGGGAAAUAUGUGUGUGGGAGGGGCUGGAGAGACCACAUCUUCUGUACAAACAUAGAAACUAAUUCAGGAUAAUGCACUUGUGUAACUC